AUGAACUAUGAAUGGAUUCUCGAUGGGGGCUACCUCCCCCACGUCGUGAUUCGAACCGGCAUCCGGCGCCUGCUCAGGGACCGCCUGGCCUCCAUCCAGGCUCAGUCGACCACGGCCGCAACGCAGGAGAAGCUGGACUAUGUCGCCAAGCUCAAAAAGCUACCCAUUGCCGUGUCUACAGAUAGCGCCAACGAGCAGCAUUACGAGGUCGGCACCGGCGUGCUGGCGGCCUGCCUCGGACCCCGCAUGAAGUACUCCUGCUGCCGCUACCCGACCGGCAAGGAGACGCUGGAACAGGCCGAGAUCGCGAUGCUGGACGAGUACAUUGCCAAGGCGGAAUUGAAGGACGGAAUGCGAAUUCUUGACCUGGGCUGCGGAUGGGGCUCAGCGUCGCUGUACUUUGCGGAGAAGCUACCGUCGGCCAAGAUCACGGCAUUUUCCAACUCCAAGACGCAAAAGGAACACAUCGACGGCGAAGCGAAGAAAAAGGGCCUGAAGAAUCUCCAGGUCGUAACCGGCGACGUUGUCGACCACGAGUUUGAGCCGGAGCAAUUCGACCGCGUCAUGUUUGAGCACAUGAAGAACUACGAGCUGCUGAUGGGCAAGGUCUCCAGAGCUCUCAAGCCCGGCGGCAAGCUCUUCGUGCACAUCUUCGCGCACGCCACCACGCCCUACCACUUCGAGGACGGCUGGAUGGCCACGCACUUCUUCACCGGCGGCACCAUGCCCUCGGCCGACCUGCUGCUGUACUUUCAGCGCGACUUGGUCGUCCAGAACCAAUGGUGGAUCAACGGCUCCCACUAUUCCAAGACUUGCGAGGACUGGCUCUCUCUCAUGAUUAAGAAUAAGAAGCAAAUAUGGCCACACUUGAUUGACACGUACGGGGAAAAGGAUGCCGCGACGUGGUACAACCGCUGGCAGAUCUUCUACAUGGCCUGCUCGGAGCUGUUUGCGUACGCGGGGGGCGAUGUAUGGGGGGUAUCUCAUUACUUGUUUGAGAAAAAAGCUUUGUAG